AUGACUAAAUACCAAGAUAUAGACGAUUCAUGUGAUAUGUCCGCUCUUCUUGGGAUAAUAAUAAACAUUGACAAAUUUCCUGUUUCCGUGCGUACCCAUUCUGAAAAGGUACGAUCAAGCAUUAGGAAUCCUUGGGCACACUGUGAUUUUUCCGAGUGGGAUAAUGGAAGAUUUUCUACUACAUUUAGAGAGUUGGAAAGUUUAAUCAACAGUCUUACGAUUAAAGUAUCUAAAAAAGGAACAAUUUUAGACGAGCUUAGGAAAUGGGAAACCAAUGGACCAGGGACUCUUAUUUGUCAAUGUACACCACUUGGUCUUGAAUUGGUAAAUGAAAUUCACAAAGAUACCAGUGUCUUGGCAAAAUAUGCGAAGGUUUUAAAAUGCAUCUUAGAAACUGAUAUGGAAAACAAAGCUGCUGUUGAGAAAGUUAUACUAGAUGAUUUAGGCAAUAUAAAAGAAAAAAUCAAAGACAUCACCCAAUACCAAGAGGAAAUAAUUCCAAAACGUAUACGAGAUGACCACAUGGACGAAAUUCGUUACUGGGAAAAAGAUAAUGAGACAUUUAUCGACACUAGAGCAACAGAAAAAUUAAUGUCAUGGCUUUCAACCUGUAAUAUAGCUGUUGUUACAGGAAGCUCCGGGACCGGAAAGUCAUUUCUUAUUCACCAUGUUGCUUUAGUGUUACAUAGACAGAAAAAGCUACAUGUGUUUAAUGACCCACAGUUCAAAAAAUUAACGCUAUUUACUGAAAAUGCGUUUGAUCUUUUAUCUGAACCUCUUCGUCUUCUUCCAGAAGAGAGAAUAUUGAUGAUAAAGAAGUAUUUGAAAACAGAUAAAAUAGAUCAUGUGAUAGAUGAUCUCUGUCAUUUUGACUUCUUUCCUUUAUUAUGCAAAAUGUCUGAAAACAUGUCUUUUGAGGAAUUACCACUUUUCCUUACUUCCCCGAUAGAUACAAUUAAACGACAUAUAGAAUACAUUAUAGCUUCCAAAAAUAAGUACCAAGUGUGUGCCUUAGUUUUAUCUAUUUUAUUUAGUGAUGGAUUUAAGGAAGAGCUGCUUAAUUGUAGGCCGAGAGAGAGUUCAGAUGUAUUAAAUAAACUGAACGAAAUAACGCGACAAUGUGACAUUGAUUUAAGUAGUGGAUUUGCAAGAAGAUCUUUAAAGGAUGGAUUUUCGACAUUAAUGGGAACAUAUUUGAAGAAAAUUGGACCAAGGUACAGCAUAAUUCAUGACAAAAUACACGAUAUUAUAUCUACUGUGUGCGGACAAUAUCUUGACGAAUGUUUUAUUAUAAAUGCUAAUGGAAGGUUUAUUGGUGAUAGAUUCAUAUUCAGAUCGAUUGAGACUAAUUCCACCGAACAUUUUAUUAUCCUAUCGGAAGAAAUGGAAGAAUUAUAUUUUGAAAGACUAGUACGCGAUUUGAGACAACGGUAUAUCUACAGUACCCUGCAUAAUAAACAAUUAGUCCACGAACCAUAUAGAAAAAAGCUCAUCAGAUAUCUGAACAAUUCCGAAGAAGUGCAAGACUUAUUUAUACAAAUCGACAAGUAUGGGAUAAAAUUAGAACUUGACAAAGGCCAUUGGUUGAAUGACCCUGAAAACGACGAAGAAGUAAGAAACAUCACGUUUCCGUUAAUAGCAGCAGCUUUGGAGGGAUUUGCAGAUAUUGUUGAAUUACUCAUCAAAUUGAAUUGCAAUGUAAAUAAAAAAGACAACUUGGGUAGGUCAUCCUUAUAUAAAGCGUGUGAAGGUGGACAUGAAGAUAUUGUAGAACUUUUAUUGAACCACAGCGCUGAUGCUUCAUCGUGUGAUAAAAUGGCAUUUUCGCCAUUACAUAUGGCAUGUAAAACAGGAAAUAAUAACAUAGUGAAGAUGCUUCUUGCUAAGAAUGUUGAGGUCAGUAAACCUAGCAAAAGCCGUAUUACACCGUUGUAUUUAGCAUGUGCGCAAGGAAACACAGAUACUGUAGAACUACUAUUACAAGAGAAAGCUGACGUUCACAUAUCCGACACUUGGUUACAGUAUUGUCCUCUCCACGUUGCAUGCAAGGCGGGACAUGUAAAUGCAGUGAAAUUGUUGUUAAACAGAAAUGCAGAUGUAAACAGGAAUUCAAACUUCGGUGAAACUCCUUUGAGCUUGGCAUGCAUGGGGGGUUAUGAUGAUAUUGUAAGAAAUUUACUGGAAAAAAAAGCUGAGGUUAACGAUACAUCAACAUGUGAAUCGCCUCUAUAUUUGGCUUGUAAAACAGGCCAUUUAGAAAUUGUGAAUAUGUUACUUGCAAUCCAUGCAGAUAAAUAUCCAGAAAAAUAUCAACGGGAUGACGAUAUAUAUUCCCCAUUGGCUGUUGCUUGCAAAAGGAACCGAAUCGAUAUAAUCCAAUUGUUACAACAGAAAUGUAGCAAUAAAAUUACCCUUUUCGACAAGUUUUAUUCUCUGGGAAAGGCUUCGUUUUAUGGCUGCACAGAUAUUGUAAAAUAUUUCAUGAACAAUUUUAGUUUGUGUGAAAAGCUUGAUUUCUCAAUAAACGAGGCUGUGUAUUCUGCAUGUAAAGGAGGAAAUCUUGAGACAGUUCAAUAUUUUCUGACACAAGGUCUCGAUAUAUUUCACUGCAGCAGUGCAGGCCGAUCGUUGCUUCACGCAACAUGUGAAGCUAUCUGUGAAAACGGAGGACAUAUCAAUGUUAUAAACCUUUUGAUUACAAAUAAAUUAGAAAUCUCUAAACCAGACGAAAAGGGAUUAUCUCCUUUACAUUUAGCGUGUGAAAAUGAUUUGAAUCUUAUAUGUAAAUUACUUAUACGUAACAAAGCAGAUGUAAAUAUGCAAGACGGUGAGGACAGGACACCUUUACAUUUUGCAUGUCAUAGAGAGAAUUUAGAUACUGUUGAAGUUUUACUUGAACAUAAAGCAAACACUAAGUUGUGUAAUAUUACCGGUAAAACCCCCCUUCACGUUAUUUGUGAGAGAUUAAAUGAUUCACAGUACUUACUAACCAAUAAAUCCUCUAUGUUUAUGAUUGAAAUGUCUACAAAACGCAAGUCUAUUGUGAAAUCACUCAUUGAUCGUAAUGCAGAAGUGAAUUCGCGUGACAGAGAAGGUGAAACUCCGUUACAUAAAACUUGUAUAAGUGGGGAUUAUGAACUGGCGAAAAUACUUCUUUCCAUAAAAUGCGAAAUCAAUUUACAAAAUUGCAAAGGUCAGACACCAUUGUAUCUAGCGUGCAAAUACGGUGCCGAAAACGUCGUCACGCUGUUAUUAGAGGAAAAUGCUGAUACCAACAAAGCAGACAACGAAGGAAUAACUCCUCUACUUGUAUAUAAUCCACGUAAUCACCAGAUCUUAAAUUCUGCUAAAGGGUUUUUACCUAUUCUUCACAAAUCAGAGAAAAUGAAAGAUCUUGUCGACAAAUCACAGCUUAUUGGGAGCCGUCGACAAGCACCAAAUCUGAAGAAACUUCUCACACGAGCACAAUUCAGUACACAGAAGGAAAUAGAAAGAGAGCAGAGAGAAAAUUUAGAUGUAAGACAAAUAGAGAGACAAAGAGACCUUGCUGCUAAAAGAGAAGUUAGAAAGGAUGAAAAUUAUAGAAGGACUGAAGCAGAAAGUAAGAAGUCUCAAAGAGAUAAUUUUGAUUUAAGACUGAUAGAAAGACAAAGAGAACUUGUUGCUAAAAGAGAGGCGAGAAAGAAUGAAUAUUUUAAUAAAAGAGAACUUGCUGCCUAA